UAAUAUUGCUUGCUCGGGAGGGUUAAAGGGUGGCACUGGCAAGGCGAACAGGCACAGGCAUAGCAUUUUGCAGCUGCCAGAUACCGCCGGUGUCGUAAACUGAAGCCAUCUAAGCUUUACAUCAAUCUAAACCGCAACCAUUUAAGUUUUACAUACGUCGUUGUGCUUCUACUUCUGUAUAACAACCUGUUGCCCGAGUCCCGGCAAAGCGCGUGAUUGUUUUCUUUUAAAACGCAGCAAAACCGGCGAAACCAUGGAUUUCCAGCAGCAACUGAGCGAUGUUGUGAAUUUGCUCUAUAAAGUCGGAGGAAUCAAAUUUGGGGAUUUUGUUAUGAAAAGCGGACGCCGUUCUCCAAUUUACAUUGACCUGAGAGUGGUCAUAUCUUACCCAAAACUCAUGGAUGAGCUGUCCAAGCUGAUGUGGAACUUUGCGGCACCGAGUAUCUCCAAAUAUGACACGGUUUGUGGUGUGCCAUACACUGCGUUGCCUAUCGCCACCCUGAUUUCCGUGCGCGAAAACAUCCCUAUGCUAAUCCGACGCAAAGAGGCCAAAGGCUACGGCACCAAAAAGCUCAUUGAAGGAGACAUUAAUGUUGGAGAUGUCUGUGUUAUCAUUGAAGAUGUUGUGACCACUGGUUCCAGCGUUUUGGAAACUGUUGCUGACCUCAGAGGCACUGGCCUCAAAGUGACUGACGCUAUUGUAAUCGUCGAUAGGGAGCAAGGAGGACCUGAAAACUUGCAUAAAGAAGGCAUCAAGUGCCACAGUGUGUGCACUUUAAUGCAGAUAAUGUCUAUUUUGAAAGAAAGUGGCAAAGUUGAUUCUACCAUGGUUGAAAAGGUGAAAGCCUAUUUGGAGGACAACAAUGACGUAACCCCGAUCUACCCAGUUGUCAAGACAAGUAAAGCAACGAUUCCAUUUGAAACUCGUGCCCAGCAAGCGCCAUGUGAAGUUUCACAAUUACUGCUGAAAUUGAUGGCCAGGAAGAAAUCAAAUCUCUGCGUUGCAGUGGAUGUUGAUCAAGCCAAUGAUUUAAUAGACCUCGCCAAGCUUCUUGCACCAUACAUUUGCAUUCUAAAGACUCACGCAGACCUCACUAAAAAUUUCACCGAUGAGAUAUCGCGCCAGCUCCACGCACUAGCCAAGCAGGCUGACUUCAUGAUUUUAGAAGACAGAAAAUUUGCUGACAUUGGGAACACAGUUGCCAAGCAAUACUCCGGAGGAUGUUUUGAGGUGUCUCGCUGGGCCGACCUUGUUACAGUUCACUCGCUCCCUGGUGAUGGAAUUGUUAAAGCCCUAGAAGAAGAGAAUGCGAAGAUUGAGGAACCACGAGGCUGCUUCCUUCUUGCUGAAAUGAGCAGCGAAGGAAACCUUAUCACAACUGAAUACAUUAAAGGAUCUACUCAGAUGGCCAGCAAAUUCCCAAAAACUGUGGCAGGCCUUGUUUGCCAAUCGCUGCUUCUCGCUGAUCAGCCAGGAAUAGUGCAGCUCACUCCUGGGGUUCGCAGAGGAGAAAUCAAAGAAGACAGUCUGGGUCAACGGUGGGUCACCCCCGAGGAGGCAGUUAUUGAAAAGGGAGGUGAUGUAAUUGUUGUAGGCCGGGGCAUCACUGGUGCAAAAUGUCCAGAAAAGGAGGCCAAACUAUAUCAAGAAGAGUUGUGGGCUGCUUAUGAAAAGAGAAUUGCAAUCUGAGCUUUAUAGCACAAGUUUAUUUCAAACAUACAUUCCAUUUAUUAUUUGAAAGUUGUAUGCUCCAAUAUUUUUAAACAUGACACUUUGUAUCUCAAAUAAUAAAGUUUGAGCUCUGAAAUUAACCAUCACA